GAAGCAUAGGGAUGAAGAGGUUAAACAAGACCUAGAGCUUGAGAGACGGCGCAACGCGAUGGUAGAGGAACGUGAGCGCCAGAGGCGGGACGUGAUUGGAGACGGCAGGCAAGAUCUCUUGGAGUUGUUUGAAUUACUCUCGAACGCACCUGGUGAACUCGUCGGGGGUAACAAGCAGGUCCCGGAUCACGAGAACUAUGUCAAGAGAUGGGCUGCGAGUGCAGAAUCUGUGAUGGAUCUAUCUGUCGAUCUUCUCCCCAUUCCUCGAGCGGUCGUGAGCAUGGCUGAGUCUGCAAGUAUUCCUAUGUCUAUUGAGUCGCCAAAGAGCGCCUCCUCCCUUCACCUCUCGCCAUCUCCAAUUGCUGAAGUCCGAGUGGAUGGCUUGAACUUGGUUCAUGAUGUCUUAACGGAGGACGAAAUUCCCUCGCCAGAACGCGCUACUAUAUCCAGGAGGACCUCGCGACAGCCAUCAGCCGCACCAACAAUGUCUGUCAGGGCAGCUUCCAGUAAACUUGGGCUCUCGCCGACUUCAUCCGACAGCGAACCCCUGACUGAGCCACCGACUUCCCCAAGAGCCGACGGUAUCCAAGCAGCUGUACCUGGCCCUUCAAUUACCGGUGAUAUGGAUGACUUGAAGGGCGCUGAAAACUUCUACAAUCUCUCCUCGUGGAACCACGUCAACCUCCCACCAUUGAAAGAAGAAUCCCCUGAGAAAUCAGAUCCUUUUGCUGCCUGCUGGAGCAUUCCGGAUGACUCUUGGUUCUCCUCAGUUCAUCCUCCUGACCAACCCCUCUCCACCAGCUAUACCGAUACCCUCAGCAGCUUAGCCCGAACCGUGACAAUGAACGGUCCGGGAGGUCAACAAGCUGGCAAAAAGCGAAAACGGCAUCGACGAGACAAAGACGCUGUGAAAGGUGAAUUUGCCUGGCUUGCAGCAUCAAUCGGUGCCAACCCGGUUCACAAACAUGCUGCUCAUCCUGCGAAGUGCAUGACCACUCGAGACUGGAUGGUAGUGUACCGCGAAUUCACGUUUCUUCAAGCUGUUGCCGAAAUAGACGAGCUACAACAGCGUGGCUUGUGGUCACUACGGCAGCCGAAACGCCAGCCUGGUCCUCCAGUCCGGAAAGCUCACUGGGGUUAUCUGCUGGAGGAAAUGCAGUGGAUGCAAACUGAUUUUGUUGAAGAAAGGCAGUGGAAGGCAGCUCUGACCUAUGAAAUCAGUUUAUGCAUCAAGGAGUGGUGGAGCGCUGACGAGCGCGGGAAGCGGGCUCUUCAAGCAGGCUGGAAACGCCAUCAGGAUCGUCGAAAAUUAGACGAACUCGAUCAGGAUAUGGAUGACCCCGAGGCCGAAGAGCGGGAGAGGGAGGAACGACGUCAGCGGAAUGAGCGCGAUGCGAAGCAGAUGACCGAGGAAGAGGAGGGUGAUAUGGAUGCCGAAAAUGAGGGUGAUGGAGAGAGCGAAGACGAUGAGUUGCCCCGCAGUCCGAUGAAACGCCGAAGAGUAUCAAGUGUUCCAGGGUAUCAACUACGACAAUCCAGCAUGAAGGAAGAAGAUCAGCCUGACGAGCUUAGACAGUUGUCAGGCGAGCAAGAGCACGUUGAGGAAGAGGCUGAGGGUCAUGAUGAGCUCGACCAUGGAGAGCAAGAAGACGAGGAGAUGGAUGCCGAAGGAGAAGCAGAUGCCGAUGUUGAUGAAGAUGCAGAGGAAGAUGCGGAGGGAGAUGAUGAUGAUGCAGAGGGCGAUGGUGACGUUGAAGGUGACAGUGAAGAAGUGGAGCAGGCGGCAGGAAUCGUCGGUGAGGCCGACGACGGCCACCACGAGGUAGACGCAGAGCAACAUGCAGAUGACGAGGAAGAUGAGGAUAUGGACGCAGAAGGAGAGGAGGAUGCGGAAGGUACACCAGAAGAAGCUGACGGCGAUGAGGAUGGGGCCGAAGGAGACAACGCGCAGGAGACGAGCGACGAGAAGGCUCAAAAUGUCACAAAGAAGAACGAGAACGGGGAUGGAGAUGAAGAUGAAGACGCCGAAGGGGAUGCUGAUGCUGAGGAAGAUGCUGAGGGAGAUGCUGAUGCUGAAAUGAAGGACGAGGCGGGAGAGACGGAAGCGGCAACAGGCUCUCAACUCCGACUGUCAGAACCGACUCAGCAGCUUCAUGUAUUGCACUCCCCGCAACAAGAGCAGCAUCAAGAGCCCCAAUCUCCUCAACUCCCGAGCAACGACUCAAAGGACGUUAUCAUUCCUGUCUCAACUCCCGAGGCGAAGCCCACCCAAUCUCCGAGGGUCGCAAACCCUGUCAUCCGAAUUGAUUCCGACGUGAAAGGCGCGGGGAGCCACACAGAUCUGUCCCAGCUUUUCACAGGACCUGUUCUGGCAUCACCCGAAAAAGAAUCCCCGACAUCACCUGUUGGACCAUUCAGAGAUGCCACGAAGGCCGAUAGCACGUUCUUGCUACCUCCUGAGACUCCAACUGUUGAUGUUCAAAGCGUCCGCCUGCCUGUCCUAGAACUGCCAUCGAUUGAGACCAUCUUCGACCCACACGAAGUGACGGGACGAGAUGACUACGACACGUUGCUCGAUCUGUUUCCUGAUCUGCAGGUGUACGAUUUAUCCGAGCCUGUUGAGGAGCUUACCACCCAGAAGGACAGGAAAUCAGAACCAUUACCUGGGCUUCCUUUGCUUAUGAGCGUCAAACCCGUACUUGUUAGCACCCUGAAACCGACGAGCCAGAACUGGGAUGGGGAACACGAGGAUUGGGAGCUUCUGCUCGAUGAGCCCAAAGACAUCGGCAAACCAGGCGUUCUCUCUGUGUUUUCAGGCCGAAAACCCGGGACGGCAAUUCCUGCACCGCUUCAAGAGCCACAUCAUCCAGCCGCCCGCAUCAAAGCGCUGCAUUGGAAUAACGAGGAUGAUGCCAUCCUUUUGACUUGCGUGACUCGAUUCGGGGAGAAUUGGGACCUCGUCGCCGACGCGUUCAAUACGAAACGAAACACUAUUGCUGUUGACUGGCGUACGCCUUGGGAUUGUGCGAAGCGAUGGGGAAUCAUCAAACCAAAGGAAGGUCCUGUGACAAAAGAUAUCGAUCGCGCGAGGCGUAUGGAUAACGUUGCGCCUCAUCCGUACUAUCAGCGACAAGAGGGCACAAAGAAGAAAGAGAGGCAGGUAGCACUGCGCGACGUUGUGCGCAAGGCGAUCAAGAAACGAGAGCAGAGUGGUCCUAAGUACUCUACAAGUAAGAAAAUCAAUCUGACAGCCCACAAUACGCAUGGGACGCUCGAGAAGAACGUCCCUAGCCCUGGAGACCUGGCACGUCAGAAGUAUGAUAAGGAGAACAUGCUCCGACUAGAACGCUUCGCUAUAAAUCAGGCCAACCCGGGUGGUCAGAGACUGAUGACACGUGUGCCGUCAAUGUCAUUGCCUCCUGUUGCCCCAGUCCCGCAGCAGCCAGUCUCUCACGGACCAAAUGGCCAGCCCUUAACUUCCGCACAUCUCGCUCUAAUGCAACAGCAGCAGCGCCUGCAAGCCCAAGCCUCCCAGUCGCAAGCCGGGCAGACCCAGGCCACACCCGUCCAAGCAAGCGCAGCAGCGAUGCAGCACUACUCUCCUCAAGUGCAGGCAGCGAUGAUGCAAGCCCAAGCUGCUGCUGUCGCCCGAGCGCAGCAAGCGGGAGUGAACAUCAGCCGCGCGCACCAGGCCGCUGCUGCUGCUAACGCCCUUCCCUACCCUGGGAUGCCCCCGAAUGGGUCUCCGCCCUCUGCGCCUAUGCAGCAGGCACAGUUCCAGAGUCUGAUCGCCCAGCUUAAGAAUGGCAGCCAGAUCACUCAACAGCAGUUCCAGCAUCUGUCCAAGCAGGCUAACUCGGCAGACAUAAUCAGGAUGCUCUACCAGCAAGCUGGAUAUCCACAACAACAUCAGCCUCAGCAUGGGCCUGCGUCGAGUGCGAGUCCUCCCCAACCGCAUACGUCACCUACUAUUCCUCCUUCAUGAUGCUUGUACUUUCUUGUUGUCUGUCUGAAGAGCAAGUGUACUUCUAUAGUCGCAAAGCAAUUCAUCUUUCA